UAUUAUUCGAUAUUGCAACAAAUGGUGUUAGGAAUCGUUCCGAGCUCUUGAACUUAAACCAAAGAUAAGCUUGUCGAAUCCUGAUCGUGAUUUCCAGCAAACUUACUUCGACAUUUUAUGGAGAAGUCAAUACUUGAAAGUAAUGACGUCAAAGCCAGAAUCGAAAGUGAUCCAGCCACGUUAGAAGAGACAGGAUCAGUACGUGUUGCCUCAGAUGUGUCAACUGGAACACCCUCCAUUUACAGUGUACCAGAAGAAUCCAAAAUAACUGAACACUUCAUACCUGACAAUGAAAUAACAGCUGAGAUUAUUGACGUAGAGAGAAUGCCAAGAACACAUCCAUUUAAUCCCAACUUAUACACCAUCAGAUUUAAGCAUGGUGGCUUUGAAUGGACUAUUAGGCGAAGAUACAAACAUUUCCUGAAACUCGAUGCUGAGCUCUUUCUGUUAAAAUUCGACCCUCGAAGACAACUUGCUCCAGCAUCGCGUGGACAACGCCAUCUACCGAGACUGCAUCUUCCUCACAAACCAGACCCUUUAGCAACAACUUCUCACAUGGAGGAUCGUGUGAAAUCUCUAGAAAAAUACUUACAGAUGGUUUUGGACAACAAGGAGUAUCGUAACCACAAAGAAACGCUCAACUUUAUGGAAGUCAGUCAUCUAUCCUUCAUGCAUGAUCUUGGAAGCAAAGGAAGGGAAGGAAUGAUUAAAAAAAGGUCUGGCGGUCAUCGAUUCCCGAGAGGCUGUUGUAGCUGCAGUGCCGCCCUGUCUUGUGGUAUCUGGACUAAGCGGUGGCUUCUAGUGAAGGACAGCUUCGUUGCUUACAUAAACCCCAAGACGAAACAGGUGAAUGGCGUGAUCCUGAUAGACAGGGACUUCACGUUCAAGUAUGGUAGUAAGGAAACAGCUGUUAGACACGGACUGAUAAUCAGGAACGAAUCAAGGGAGCUCCUUCUCUCGUGUUGGACUGACAGGAAAGCGAGUGAAUGGAUGAGGUCGAUAAUAAGCGUGAUGGCGGGUACUGGCGCUGAAUGGAUGAGCGAACAGCCUCAUCAGUCUUUUGCUCCUGUUCGACCAGAUUGUUUCUCCAAAUGGUUUGUAGACGGCUCGUCGUACUUUGAAGCCGUCGCCUCUGCGUUGGAGAGAGCAAAGGAAGAGAUAUUCAUAUCAGGCUGGUGGGUGACACCAGAACUUCAUCUUCGAAGACCAAUAACACAGGGAAUCAGAUGGAGAUUGGAUCAGUUGUUAAAAAGAAAGGCGGAGAGCGGAGUAAAGGUUUACGUGCUAGUAUACAAAGAAGUCGAGCUGGCGUUGACUAUUAAUAGUGCUUAUACAAAAACAGUCUUGAGUAGCCUUCAUCCCAAUAUCAAGGUGAUGCGCCACCCAGAUCAUGCGCCAGGCUCUGGUAUCAUUUAUUGGGCUCACCACGAAAAGAUCGUGUCAGUUGAUCAAAAAAUUUCAUUUCUUGGAGGUUUAGACCUUUGUUUUGGCCGAUGGGAUGAUCCUUCUCAUCGUCUCACUGACUUUGGUUCUGCAGCGCCAUCAGUUGAUAAAUACUGGCAUCUAACAAGCACGGAACACGAAAUAGGCAAGAUAGGCAAUAUAUUAAUGAGAAAUGUAGUUGAUGGAGAAGACCCAAGACUGCACCUGAUACAGACAGGUGACACAGAAGACGGCGCACGUGGGACGAGGCUCUGGAUUGGAAAAGACUACUCUAACCCUAUCAAGAGAGACUUUUUUGCUAUUGAUAGACCAUAUGAAGAUUCUUCGGUCUCUCAGUAAAUGGUCCGGAGGUAUUCCAACUGAAAUGUCGAUUAUGCAAGCAUACUUAGAUACCAUACAUAAUGCUAAACAUUACAUUUAUAUUGAGAAUCAGUUCUUUAUUACAAGUGUUGCAUCAGAAGGAAUUAUGAAUGCAGUUGGUGACGCUAUCCUGUUGAGAAUCGAAAAAGCACACAAUGAACAAGCUUGUUUCAGAGUCAUAGUAGUGAUGCCACUUCUGCCUGCCUUCGAAGGGGAGAUUGGCAGUCCUUCUGGUACAUCAGUUGGUGCAAUAACCCAUUGGAAUUAUCGUUCAAUUUGUCGUGGACAAGACUCAUUACUUGCUAGAAUAUCACAUAAAGUUGGGGACCCAUCAAAGUACAUCUCAUUUUACUCUCUUCGAAAUCACUCUGUAAUAUAUGGCAAGCCGAUAACAGAACUGGUGUAUGUUCACAGUAAGAUGAUGAUCGCUGAUGACAAUACGGUUAUCAUUGGAUCUGCAAACGUCAAYGAUAGAAGUCUUAUAGGCAGGCGCGACUCGGAGCUUGCAGUCAUCGUACACGACACUCACACGGUUUCGUCCACCAUGAAUGGAUCACCAUACGAAGCUGGUGUCUUCGCGCACUCUCUACGUACACAUCUUUUCAGAGAGCAUCUAGGACUUUUGGGCCAAGAUAAGAAAGGUGAAGUUAGUGUGGACGAUCCUGUGAUCAAAGAGUUUUACGAGGAUGUUUGGAUGGCAACUGCAAAGCUAAACACAGACAUUUAUAGCAAGGUUUUCCAGUGUACGCCAUGUGAUGAGGUCAGGUCCGUGGCUGAAUUGGCCACGUACAAGUGUAAGGAAAAUACACCAUUGGGUAAGAGAGAGGUUCACCACCUUUUGCGCCAAGUACGAGGCCACUUGGUCAUGCUUCCCCUCCACUUCAUGGAAAACGAAGACUUGAGACCCUCUGUUGGGACGUCCGAAUACCUGCUGUCCAGUUAUGUCUUCACGUAGGUUUUCAUCACAACCUUUUCUGCUGGUAAACGGAACGUCUUUCUUCGUCCCAAUUUGUGAGAAAACCUUAUUUUCGUGGUUCCAUCCCCACAAAUAGUUAUCUGGGUUCUAAGACACAUGCGCUUUAUACCGCUGAGUUAAAAACGAAGGCUCACUACUCCGAAUAGUCUCCGAACAAGGCUAAUGAACUAUUCGUGAAAAGAUCGUUAGAUAUAUACAUAUAGGAUAAAAUGUAUGUUCACCAUAAAAAUGGUAUCGAAUCAUACUACAGGAUGUCUGAGUAAACGCAAGGCUACUUUUGCAAGUAACAUACAAAAUAUUUUUCGUGCUAAAUAUUAAAAUUAAAUUACGUACAUACGCAUUUGACCAUUCAUCACUAAAGUAACUAGAGGAAAGACUGCUAAGAAUCGAACGUUCAUUUAGAAAUUACCCACAAUGCUUUGCGGGCAUAAGCGCUAUUUUGUAAUUGACGAAUAACGAAUUAUCGUUUCUUGCGAUCUAAGGCCCCGUCCACACGUAUCCGGAAAUUUUUGUAUCCGCAAAUUAUUUUUUGCGGAUACGAAAAUGUUUGCGUCCACACGCAGCGUAUUCGAAUCGUUUUCACCGUCCACACGUGUC